CUGAAUGCAGCAUUUUCCCCGCAUCAACCUGCCCAGUUAGCCGUUUAGUCCGUUUGUCUGUCGCACAGGUGUGUGUCGACUCGUCCUUUCGUGUCAAAUGUCGAAAACUCCAGAUGAGAAACUAAAUGCCCGGUGACUAGAAUGUUUCCUCGGACUCCCUAAACCAAACCGGAAUGUUUGUGGGAACAAAAAAAAGGCAGAGCUAACGGGUCGUAACGUUAACAUGUUAGCCCCAGUACGGCAGGUGCACCGCGGCUUCGAGGUUUGUAACGUUAGCCGCAUUGUUUGCGACACAGUUAGCUUGUACAGCUCUGGAAAUCAGUAUUUCAGCUUUACCAAGACGGAACAUAAGUACCUACGUUAUCAAGGGUGAAGCUCUAAAUCAGGAAACCUGCAGCCUCUCUCCCUUUUCUACCCACAGUCAUCUCUCUCUUACCUCCACUAUCUUAUAUCCUAACCCCAAAUACUGUUUUUACACUUCUAUCCAUCCUUAUCUUUCUCACCACCUUUUAAUCUCCCACGAGCUCCACCCUACUCGCCUCUCUGACCUCCCCGGGUGAUUACUGACAUGGCCUCGGCCCAGUCAGAGCAGUCCAGCGUCCUGCAAGAGGAGCUCACCUGCCCAGUGUGCCUGGACUUGUACCGCGACCCCCACUUGCUUCCUUGCGGCCAUAACUUCUGCAAGAACUGCCUGGACCGCCUAAGACGGCAAGCGGAUCGAGGUCGCUUCCGCUGCCCGGAGUGCCGUGACAGUCACCGGUGUGGCACCAACUUUCAGAAAAACUUCAAACUAGCCAAUAUUGCUGACGACUACCGUCACCGUAGCAGAGCCACCACUGCAGCCGCUGCAGCUGCGGCUUUAAAGUCCAGAGAGUUGCUGUCGUCUUCUCUGUCAGUGCAUCAAGCCAGGAGUCUGUUUGCUGUUCCAUGUGACUACUGCCCCUCAGUCGCAGCCGAGGCAUCAGGUAUCAGUGCAGUUGCAGACGAGUCUUCUGCUGCUUCGGUUUCUCUGGAAGGGGAUGACAAGCAGGAAGCUGCUGCUGCUGCUGCUGCUGCGGCGUCAAUGUUUGCGGUCAAGACGUGCCUGAAGUGUGAGGUGUCGAUGUGCCAGGAGCAUGUAAAGCCACAUCUGGAACUGCCGGCGUUCCGGGAGCAUCCACUGACCGAACCGAUGAACGACUUCUGGAAGAGAAAGUGCCCGUAUCAUGAUGAGAUAUACAGAUAUUACUGCAUGGAUGACAAGAUGUGCGUGUGCAAUGCCUGCACCAUAGAAGGAGGACACUCGGGACACACCAUCAAGACCCUGAAAAACACCAUGAAAGAUCUCAAGGGCACUCUGGAUAAGCAGCUGUACCGGGUUGAAAGGAAAUACAGCAUGGCAGAGAAAAAACUCCAGGAGCAGAAGGAGAAGGAGAGACAGAAUAAGAAGUUCAUGGACGACUCUGAGCAGUGCUUGACCAGGCUGGGUGAGGACAUGAAGGCCAAAGUACUCCACUUUGUCACCAAAUUGCAAGAAUGCGCGCGCACUCAUUGUGACACCAACGGGCCGGCGAUUCAGAAGAACAUCUCCAGGAUCUGCCAGGACCAGGCCCGUCUGCAGGAGGUCCGCUGUGGCAUCGAAAACCUCAUGCAGGAAAGCGACCCUUUCCGCUUCAUCGAGGCAUACAAGACCACAGGGAAACAGUGUCGUAGGCAGCUGAGGAAGAACAUGUUCUACCCAGAAUACGUCGACAUGGAGACGGAGGUUCUUGGAGUGAUGAUGGAAGAGGAAAUGAGGAAAUUCCUUGAUGAGGAACUCCCGUGUCACAUUGUCGCUGCCAUUAACUCCCUGUGUCAUCUUUCAGAUCUCGAGGAGGAGGAGGACCAGGAGGAGAACGAGGAAGAGGCUGUGGAGGAGGAGGACGACGACGAUGACAGCAGCGUGGAGGAAAUGAGGAGCGAGGGGGAGGAGGAAGAGGAGGAAGAUGAGGAGGAGGAAGAAGAGGAGGAGGAAGGACAAACCGACAGUGCGCUGGCUUAUCGUCUUUACAGUCUAGGGGAGGAGGAGGAGGAGGAGGAGGAAGAGGACGAAGAAGAGGACGAGGAUGGAGAGGAGGAUGAUGAGGAAGAGAGAGGAGUUUAACAGAGGACCGGAUUUGUAUAGAUAUAUUUUACACCUCUUA